AUGCUCCAGGCCAUAGGAGGCACCGUGCCUCCAAACACUGAUCAUGCUAUCAGUGUCUCUCUUCCUACAUGGAAGAGCAAUAUCGGAUACGAGGAGGGACAAGACUGGGUUAUGAGCCGCAUGCAAUGCGGAUAUCCUAGGUUCUUCGUACAUCCCCUGAUUCAAUCGCUCGCUCAGGAAGUACUGCGCCGUUGCGGCAAUGCCGACCUCGAAGCUACAACACUUUUCCCUUCAUCCCGAACCGCAGAGAUUUGUCGAACCUUUAUAAUCGCAAGGAUCCCAGCCGGCGAGUCCUCCAAAAUUCGAAUUGUUCGCUUCAUACCAUCGUCGAGAGUCGAUUCCGACAUACGAUCUCACGUCAACUCGAAGUUGUUCGGCGUGAUCUACCCUAAAGAAUAUGCCCCCAUUGCGAAACAAGUCUGGCAGCAUACAGGAGACGGUGUGCAAAGUCGUCGCAGUGAAUUCUGCUCCAAUGCAUUGCAAGACGGUUACCUCAUCGAGGACCAUUCUGUAGCUUCCGACGGAAAACCAUCAAUCUAUUCUAAAGGACCCAAACGAUACCAACAGCGAACCGCAACACCCAAAGAGCAGGAAGAUAAUGCAAAGGCCACCGAGUCAUCUGACGGACGAGAAUUCUCCUCUUUUGUCGAAGAACGGUUCGGUCGCAAUCUGAGCGCAACAUUGGCACAAAACGCUAAACGAGCGAUGCGAAGACGAAUUGCUGGUUCCCUUACCGCUAACGUUGAACUCCACGAAGCUCUUGAGAGCGAAGCGUCCGAUGGGCGCAUUGCAGGCUUGACUGAGGACGACGUAUUCCUAUACCCCACGGGCAUGAGUUCUAUUUUUAAUGCUCAUCGAACCCUUUUGAAUGCUAGAGGUCCCCAGAAAAGUAUAUGCUUCGGAUUCCCCUAUACAGACACAUUGAAGAUUCUCGAGAAAUGGGGCCCUGGCUGCGUGUUCUACGGUCAUGGAUCAUCAGAAGAUCUCCAGGAUUUGGAAGCACGUCUAGAGAAAGGGGAGAGGUUUCUUGCGUUAUUCACCGAGUUCCCCUCAAAUCCAUUGUUGAAGUCUCCGGAUCUCAAGCGGAUCCGUGAGCUCGCGAACAAAUACGACUUCUUCGUCGUUGUAGAUGAGACAAUUGGUAGUUUUAUCAACGUGAACGUCUUGCAACACGCGGAUGUCGUUGUCAGCAGCUUGUCAAAAAUCUUCAGCGGCGACAGUAAUGUCAUGGGAGGUAGUGCAGUGCUCAAUCCUCAAGGACCUCAUUAUCAAUUCUUGAAGAAAGCAUACACGACAGACUACGAAGAUAAUGUUUGGGCCGAAGAUGCAGUUUUUCUAGAGAGAAAUAGCCGCGACUUCAUUUCCAGGAUUGAAAAGAUCAACACCACGACCGAGUUUGUGACUCAGAUCCUGCAAGCUUCUCCCCUUGUGAAGGAAGUACAUUAUCCGAAAUACAGCUCAUCAAGGCCGAACUACGAUGCGUUACGCCAUCCAAAUGGAGGCUACGGCGGUCUAUUCUCCAUUACUCUCCACACAACAGAAGACGCUAUCACGUUUUUCGAUGCGCUUGAAGUCAUGAAAGGACCUAGCCUUGGAACUAAUUUCACCCUGAGCUGUCCAUACACAUUGUUAGCCCAUUAUGGCGAGGCCGAUUGGGCUUCUUCUUUUAAUGUUCCAUUCGAUUUGGUUCGGGUCAGUGUUGGAUUGGAAGAUCCUGAAGAGCUUGGCGCUCGCUUUCAGCGUGCUUUGGACGCGGUCAAGCAGAAUUCCGCCUAG